AUGGCAGCAUCAAUUGCCCGCGUAGCCUUGAUAACGGGUGCAGCCCAGGGGAUUGGAAGAGCCACCGCCAACAAGCUCGCCAGCCGGGGUUGCUCGAUAGUCAUUGCAGAUUUCAACGAGGAUAAGGGUCAACAAGCAGCAAAAGAUGUGGCCCAGCAAUGGGGUGUGCAAACCAAGUUUGUCAAGGUCGAUGUAACACAGGAGCAGCAAGUCAAGGACAUGAUCUCGCAAGCAACGAAAUUGACUGGUCGUGUCGACUACGCCGCUAACUGUGCCGGCAUAUGCGAGUCUGUGUGGGACAAUGAGGUCGAUAUCUCUGUUGAGCUCUUCGACAAAACCCAUGCCAUCAAUACGAAGGGACUAUGGCUCUGCCAGAAGCAUCAAGCACUACAGAUGAAGACGCAAGAGCCAAGGCCGAUCUCGUUUUCGCCUCCUUCGUCUCACCAAAUUCCAGGUCAGAGAGGAGCCAUCGCCAACGUAUGCUCGAUCUCUGGUCUCCAUGCAGCUGGACUCGCUGCGUAUACGCCCAGCAAGUGGGCUGCGAUUGGAGUGACCAAGACUGGAGCAAAGUUCUACGGACCCGACGGCAUCCGCAUCAACGGCCUAUGUCCCGGUUGGACAUUGACUGAAAUGGUGCAGGGAAGCAUGGGACGUGAGGGCACUGUGGGUACGAAGGAAUACGCCGAAUCGCCUACCGCCAAGCGAAUCAGUCUUCGCCGGAUGGCGUUUCCGGAGGAGCAGGCCAACGCACUCAGCUUUCUGUUGAGCGACGAGAGCAGCUAUAUGCACGGUCAGAGCCUUGUCAUAGAUGGUGGCUUCUAUGGGAUCCGCUAA